GAUGGCGCCUGAGGACCACGAGGGGGCCACGUCUCUGCUGCAGAGUUUCGAGCGCCGCUUCCUGGCGGCUCGCGCACUUCCCUCCUUUCCCUGGCAGAGCCUAGAAGAGAAAUUAAGGGAGCCCUCAGGUUCCGAGCUGCUGCUGGCUAUUCUGCAGAAGACUGUGAAGCACCCUGUGUGUGUGCAGCACCUGCCAUCUGUGAAGUACGCGCGCUGCUUUCUCUCAAAGCUCAUCAAAAAGCAUGAGGCUGUGCCCACAGAGCCUUUGGAUGCACUGUACGAGGCGCUGGCAGAGGUUUUGAUGGCCGAAGAGUCCACCCAGUGCCACCGGAGCUAUUUGCUGCCUUCAGGAGACUCGGUCACACUCUCUGAGAGCACAGCCAUUGUGUCCCAUGGCACCACAGGCUUGGUGACAUGGGAUGCUGCUCUCUGCCUGGCAGAGUGGGCCAUCAAGAACCCAGCAGUCUUCACGGACAGGACUGUCCUGGAGCUAGGCAGUGGAGCUGGGCUCACGGGCCUGGCCGUUUGCAAGGCGUGCCACCCGAGAGCGUUCAUUUUCAGUGACUGUCACAGCCAGGUGCUAGAGCAGCUCCGUGGAAAUGUGCUCCUCAACGGCUUCUCCCUAGAGCCCCACACUCCCACGGACCCAGGCAGCCCGAAGGUGACAGUGGCCGAGCUGGACUGGGACGAGGUGACAGCCUCUCAGCUCUCCGCCUUCCAGGCAGAUGUCGUCAUUGCAGCAGAUGUGCUUUACUGUGGGGAAGUGACACUGUCACUGGUCAGGGUCCUGAAGCUGCUCAGUGACUGCCAGAGGAAGAAUGCUCCUGAUGUCUACGUGGCCUAUACCGUCCGCAGCCAAGACACGGGCAAGCUGUUCAUCACAGAGCUGGAUCGUGCAGGGAUCUACUGGGAAGAAGUGCCUCCUCAUGCCAGCAAACUGUUCCCCUAUGAAGAGCACUCAGCCAUCGUAAUCCUGAAGCUCGUGCUGAGCCAUCAUCAGAGUAUUUGAAGGUGACUGGAAAAGUGAGAUCGCUGUCAUGGGA